AUGGCGGCCAGGGCUUCAAGAAAAUUACUGAGAGACUUUUUGUUCAGAAGGGCAUGCACAACUCCUAUUGCAAGUGCAAGACACUGUUCUUCUGCUGCAGAAACUGCUCCAAAGAUUCCUCAUUUUUCGAAGAAAGGGAGGUUGUUGACAGGUACCUUCUUAGGCUUAGUUAUAGGCGGAGGAGCUUAUGUGAGCACUGUGGAUGAAGCAACUUUCUGUGGCUGGCUAUUCUCAGCUACAAAACUUGUGAAUCCAUUCUUCGCUCUUCUGGAUCCAGAGGUUGCUCACAGACUGGGUGUCUCAGCCGCAGCACGUGGCUGGGUUCCUAGAGAGAAGAGACCAGAUCCAUCAAAUUUAGGGCUAGAAGUUUGGGGAAGGAAGUUCUCCAACCCUGUAGGUCUUGCUGCUGGCUUUGAUAAGAAUGCUGAGGCUGUUGAUGGUUUACUUGGUUUAGGCUUUGGCUUUGUAGAGAUUGGCUCUGUAACCCCUGUUCCCCAAGAGGGCAAUCCAAAGCCUCGUAUCUUCAGAUUGCGUGAGGAAGGAGCUAUCAUCAAUCGAUGUGGCUUUAAUAGUGAAGGAAUUGUUGCUGUUGCAAAGCGGUUGGGUGCUCAGCACGGUAAGAGGAAGUUGGAUGAAACUACAAGCACUUCCUCUUCUUCAGGUGAAGAAGUCAAACCUGGAGGCAAAGCAGGCCCUGGAAUACUAGGGGUGAAUCUUGGGAAGAACAAGACAAGUGAAGAUGCUUCUUCAGAUUAUGUACAAGGGGUUCAUACAUUGUCCCAGUAUGCUGAUUACUUGGUGAUUAAUGUUUCAUCGCCCAACACCCCUGGGUUACGUAUGCUUCAGGGAAGAAAGCAGUUAAAGGACCUUGUGAAAAGGGUUCAAGCUGCUCGUGAUGAAAUGCAAUGGGGCGAAGAAGGCCCUCCUCCUUUGCUCGUGAAAAUUGCUCCAGAUUUGUCUAAAGAAGAUCUUGAAGAUAUUGCUGCAGUUGCCCUUGCCCUUCGCUUGGAUGGAUUGGUUAUAUCAAAUACCACUGUUUCAAGACCAGAUCCUGUUCGUACAAACCCAGUGGCUUCUGAAGCUGGUGGCUUGAGUGGAAAGCCACUCUUUAAUACCUCUACCAGUCUCUUAAAGGACAUGUACAUUUUGACGAGGGGAAAGGUUCCUUUAAUAGGGUGUGGGGGCAUUAGCAGUGGUGAGGAUGCUUACAAAAAGAUACGAGCUGGAGCAAGUCUUGUUCAGCUUUAUACAGCAUUUGCCUAUGGGGGACCUGCUCUCAUCCCCCAGAUAAAGGCUGAAUUGUCUGAGUGCUUGGAAAGGGAUGGUUUCAAGUCCGUUAGUGAAGCAGUUGGUGCAGAUUGCAGAGUGGCAACAGCAAAAGUAUAA